UCAAACGGUAGUGGCUAAUACUCGGAAUAAAAUAGUGCAUCGCUAAGUAUAGUUAUACUAUUCGCGAUUCUCGCAUGAGACAUGCGGGCUUUAAUAUUCUUAGGACUGAUAGCAGUGGCACUAUCAUCUGUGUCCUGUAAAGAAAAUCGAUUUUUUCGCCGAGAAAAUAAUCAUCAAAAAAAAUUCAGAUUCACCAAAAAUAAAAGAGGAAUAUCAGAUUAUCCUUUUAACCUACCUUUCACUGGAUCUUCUUUCGCAAAUUUACAAUUAGCACCUGUGCAAGCUUCCCCGGCAUACAGUCAUGGUGUGUCUGCAUUGAGUGGAUACGGAAGUCACGGUAGCGCUAGUCUAAUAAGCAAUGCUCUAGGACAAAAUUCUUAUAAUCUUCAAGCUCAACUAUCGCCGGGCCUAUCUUCAUAUGGUUCGCAGAAUCUUGCCAAUUUAGAUAAUCAUAAUGCUCUGAAACAAACUUUGAAUUUAGGUAAUUCUGCUUUCGGUCAAUCUACCGGUGGCAUAGGUCAUGCCGGGCUGGGGCAAAUCGUGAGUAAUUUUGAUAACUCGGCUUUCAGUCAGACGCCCAGUGUACUAGGAAAUUCAGUAUUCGGCCAAGCUCAAGUUACUUCGAAUCUCGGCAACUCGGCUUUCGGACAUUCGGCUACUAAUUUAGGAAACACAGUUUAUAAUCAACCUUCCGCUAGUACAAAUUUUGCAUCUAUCCUCGGCGGGCAAUCAAACACGCUCAACUCAUACUCUCCGAGCAGUUUGGGAUUGUUUAGCCCUGAAAAAACUGGCCAGAUAGCUAUUUUAUCUCAAGGAUCGACUUAUGGCUCACCGUCGUCGAUUCACAAACCAUUGCUCAUAUCACCAUCGCAAUUGGGUGCUAAUUACGCAGUUGUACUUGGGCAGGGAGAUUACUCGCAGGGGCAUCAGGCAUUAAACCUGGCACCGUCCACGCUCAGUAACACAAUUAAUUCAUUGAUAUCGCAUAAUAGAGGCGCUUCUUAUGGUUUGCCGGCAUCGCUAUUGUCGCAGUCGGCGUCGAAUACCCCUUCUACGAAUUAUGUCAUUGCUCCAUCGGCCACGCACCCAGGCGAAAGUGGCUCUAGUUACAGUAUGCAGUCCUUAGUCGCCUCGCCAUCGUCGCCAACUUAUACCAUUUCUGUACCAUCUUCAUCCUACUUGACUUAUAAUUUAUCUAGUUCGAGUAAUUCACCUACGUCUAAUAAUUAUCAAUUAUCCAUGUCGUCGUCCCCUCAAUCAUCACCAUCUUCUAGUUUUACCGGUAAAGAUUUUAGUAAAUACGUGCCUGCUUCUUCGGAAGGUAGUACUUAUGCAAAUCAUGAUUCUCAUCCUCGAGGCGUGCCCAUGAAACUUAGUCACGUCAAUUCGGGUAUGAAUUUUGUGACACCAUCGAGUGUAAAUUCCCUUCGUGCCAAUUCGCAUAGUAUGAAGAGUUCAUUUCCUCAUUCAUCGCAUUCUCAUCAAACAAAACAUACGUUAAAUAGCUACGGUCAACCAGUAAUGUCUUACUCGUUUCCCUCCACGAGCUAUGGUAUUCCUAGUCAAUCAUCUUAUAGUUCAAGUUUAAAUUCUCACACACAUAAAGGGCCUUUUGCUGGUCGUGGGCAAUCAUCCGACAGUUCGGCUUUCACACAUUUAAAAAGUGUAUUUCCAAGCUCCAGUUCUUCUUUUCAAUCUGACUUUACUUUUAAAGGGCCUGAAAAUAAUUUCAGACCAGGUGCAAUGCCAUACUCGGACGCACAUUCGAAUUUCAGAUCUCCUAGCAAUGCUCAAUUCACAGAAGAGUCACCAUUUAAAGAUUUACCGACCGAUUCAAUUUCAACUUUGUCAAACUCAAUAGAUUUUCAUUCGUCUCAAGAACCAUCAAGUUUGUUUGAAGAAAUAUCUGAUUCAGGUAGUUCAUAUUCAAGUUAUUAUCCUCGAUAUCAAAAGUAUCCUACCAAAUCCUUAUUUGAUAACGCUGAAUCUAACGCAGACUCAACUUAUGACACAAUUUCUUAUUCUGUACCUAAUAGAAAAUGA